UCCUCGGGCGUAAGGUCAGGAGAAAGACAGGGCGCCGCGCAGGCGCAGUCGCGCGCCAGGGUCCCAAGAUGUCGCACCCCAAGUACAAGCCGUCGCGCCUGGCCACUUUGCCCCCUACGCUUGACCCAGCUGAAUAUGACAUAUCUCCGGAAACCCGGAAGGCGCAAGCCGAGCGGUUGGCCAUAAGAUCUCGGCUUAAGAGGGAGUACCUGCUUCAGUACAACGACCCCAAACGCCACGGGCUCAUCGAAGAUCCUGCCUUGGCUCGUUGGACUUAUGCAAGAACAGCAAAUGUCUAUCCCAAUUUCAGACCCACUCCCAAAAACUCCCUCCUCGGAGCUGUGGUGGGGAUUGGGCCCCUCUUCUUCUGGUAUUAUGUUUUCAAAACUGACAGAGAUAGGAAAGAAAAACUUAUCCAGGAAGGAAAAUUGGACCGAAAAUAUAACAUCUCCUAUUAAGGCUGACAAUGAUGACUAUAUAUAUUAUUGUUUAAUAAAUCUAUGAAUCAUGAAA